CAGUACUCGGACGCAGCUGGACAUCGCCUGCACUGCAGAGACUAUGUAGAACUGCUCACCUUACUAAGUGUACAAUGGCUUCUCGCUGUGUACAAACGCUAACAUAACUAUUUAACCCAACAACUAUGAAUCAUGCAUCUGACGCUUCUCUCCAUUUUGCUGCUGUGCAUCCUCGUUCCCAGGCUGCAGUGUUCUGUAUCGCCUGUGUCGCAGGUGGAGAAUAAGACUGGUGAGGAUGCUGGAUCAGUGAGGGUGGAGCAGCAUGUCACUGCACCAGUGCGCACACACAAUGAGAGCGCACCAGAGGUCGAACAUACCAUCACAUAUCCGUCUCGCCUUAUCUACUACCUGAACGAGGAGUCUGAGAGCACUUACCAUAACCUCAACACCCAGGCCAAGACCCCUGGAGUGCAAGACCAGACUGUCCAUUUGGCCCAAGCCAGCUUUCAGCUUGAUGCUUUUGGAUCCAGAUUCAUACUGGACCUUACAUUAAAUAAUGACCUGCUGUCAUCCAACUAUGUGGAGAUUCACUAUGAGAAGGGCAAACCUAUCAUGUCAAAGGGUGGAGAACAUUGUUAUUAUCGUGGUCAGGUCAGAGGGAACGAAGCUUCUCGUGUAGCCCUGUCAACCUGCAAUGGCCUGCAUGGCAUGUUUGAUGAUGGAGUUCAUCUGUAUCUUAUUGAGCCUUUGAAACAGAUUCACGCUAUUGAUGGUGCUGCUAGACCCCAUAUACUUCGAAAGAAGCCCAGCUUUUUGCAUUUCUCUGACCCUGAGGAAACAGAUAAGGAAAGCCAGAUGUCAGAGUUGGAUAAAAUGUCAUGGUUACUGAGCAGGAAAAAGCGUGCUAUGCCGAGGAAUGUGUUUGAGGAGAUGAAGUAUAUUGAGCUCAUGAUUGUCAGUGACCACAAUAUGUUUAAGAGAAUGAGGACCAAGCAGCAAACACAGAACUUUGCAAAGUCUGUCGUCAAUUUUGUGGAUGCUAUCUUUAAGGAACAGUUGAACACACGUGUGGUCCUGGUUGCUAUAGAGAUAUGGACUGAUAAGGACCACAUCCCGAUCAGUGUGAUGCCACUGGACAUGCUGCGAAACUUUUCCAAAUAUCGGCAACAGCACAUAAGUCAGCAUGCAGAUGCAGUGCACUUGUUCUCUAACGUGACAUUUCACUACCGCCAAAGCAGUGCCGCGUUCUUCGGGGGGAUAUGUUCAGUCAGUCGUGGAGUUGGAGUAAAUGAGUACGGGUCUACAUGGACAAUGGCUUUCUCACUCUCCCAGAGUCUGGCUCAGAAUUUAGGCAUUCAGUGGGAUCCAGCAGCCAGCAGGAAUAAGGAGUGUGGUUGUGUUGACUCUUGGGUGGGCUGCAUAAUGGAGGAAACAGGAGUGCAGCACCCACGAACGUUCUCUAAAUGCAGUAUUUCAGAUUAUAAAGAGUUUCUGCUAAAGGGAGGAGGAUCAUGUCUCUUUAACAAACCCUCUAAGCUGUUUGAGCCAACUGAGUGUGGAAAUGGUUAUGUGGAGUUUGGAGAGGAGUGUGACUGUGGAGUGAGAGCUGAGUGUUAUAAGGACUGCUGCAAGAAAUGCUCUUUGUCUAAUGGAGCGCACUGCAGUGAUGGACCCUGCUGUAACAACACUUGUUUGCUUUACCCAAGAGGCUACAGCUGUCGCUAUGCAGUAAAUGACUGUGAUAUUUCUGAGACAUGUACAGGAGACUCUGGACAGUGCCCUCCUAACCUUCACAAACAGGAUGGCUACAUGUGCAAUUUAAAUGAGGGACGCUGCUAUAGUGGAGAGUGUAAGACCAGAGACAGUCAGUGCAAAUAUGUUUGGGGACCAAAGUCUGAAAGCUCAGAGAAGUUUUGUUAUGAGAAGCUGAACACAGAGGGGUCUCAGAAAGGUAACUGUGGGGAAUUUGGAGAGAAAUGGAUCCAGUGUGGGAAGCAUGAUGUGUUCUGUGGGUACUUGCUGUGCACUAAUGUUGGCCAAACACCACGCAUUGGAAGAAUAAAGGGGGAUAUCACACCCACAACUUUUAACCACCAAGGUCGACUUAUUGAAUGCAGUGGUGGUCAUGUGUUGUUGGAUGACAACACUGAUAUUGGAUAUGUGGAGAAUGGCACUCCAUGUGGACCCUCUAUGAUGUGCCUUGACCGCAAGUGUCUGCCCAUCCAGUUUCUCAACAUGAGUGCCUGUCCUAUUAGCCCCAGUGGCCACAUCUGCUCAAACCAUGGGGUUUGCAAUAAUGAGGCAACAUGUUCAUGUGAUAUAACAUGGGCUGGAACUGACUGCAGCGUACCUGACCCUCCUAAAGAGCCUGCCCCCAGGGAAGAUGAAGGCCCACAAGAAACGUCAAAAAGCGCCGAUACAACCCAAAUGCCUCCGCUAUCUAAUGGAGAAAGAGGAAAAGCGAUUUUCCAAAGCUUGUUUGGCAAUCAACAGCUGGACUACAAUUAUUGCUGCUCCUUUCUGGCAGUAGUUAUUUUAAUAUAUCAUAUAUAGUAGAAGACAAACCACAUCUUUUUGUAGAUUUGCUGCUUAUUUGCCUUGACCUCACAUUCACUGAGUUCACUUUAUUGUAAGGUUUUCCUUUUAUAUAUAAACAAACCUCCAUCUGCUCUCAACACACCUCAGAGCACCAGCUAAUCUUGGCACCCUGGCCAAAGGGCUACGUGGCUAUCAGUGCUUACUGAUGAAUGAAACAGUAAUCGUUUAAGACCAAGUUUGUCUACUGCAUUACUCCAGCUUUUAUGGUCUGUUAUAUAAGGUUGAUCCAGCUGCAUAUAGGCCUUAACAUGUUAUACAUAUCACAUGUAGAAAUGGAAAAACAACUGGACACUUCUGCUGCUACACAUGUGGAAAUGGAUAAGGUGCUGAUCUAUAAGAUCAUUUUACACUGACUUUUAGAUGUUUUUUUGCUUUUAAAGAAUGUGAAAUAUUUAGAGGGCAUUGUUUAAAACAUCCAUACAACAAUACUUGUUCAGUCAUUUACGCUUAUCACAAAUGUACAGUAGAUUUAGUAAGUAUUCAGACUACUUAACAUUUAAAAUACUUUAUCAUGUCUUGGGUUUGAUUUUAAAUGCAUUUUAAAAUGACAUUCAACCCAUAUUUACCCAUCAUGAUGCAUAUAAACCUGAAAUAAUCUUGGAUCUGUCCCAGAGUAAUGCUUAAUAGAUAAGUUUUUUACACAUGGAUUUGUGCAGUUUACCUCAGACUUGUCCGAAUCCAGUUUCACUUUUUUACAUUAUGCCUUGCAUCACUGAAGUAUUGUGAGGUGAAUCAUCCCCAUGAGUUUGCUCACGCUCUGGAGGAGGUUUUCGUCAGGGAUAUUUCUGUGUUAACUGCAUUGAUCUAUCCCUUAAUGUUUACUAGCUUCCCUGUCACUGAAAAGCACAUUAUAUUUACUCCACAAAAGUCCCAAAAAUCAAUCUUCUUAAAAAUCAAGGGGUCUGUAAACUUUCUGAAUCCACUGUAUGUGUAAGAUAGGUCAAAAGUUUACACAAACUUGUAAUGGACAUCUGACCACUUUAUUUAAUUCACUUAUCCAUUGAAUUUAUUGGCCAUUUUAAACACACCUUUACCUCCUUCUACCCCUCCAUCUGUGAAAAAGGUCCCCCAUAGCAAUAAUGUGUUGUACUGGUAUAUCAGGUGCCGUAGUGUUCACGGGAUUUUGAAACACCUCAUUGUCAAGGCUGGGAGGAAUGCAUUUCACAAACCAAAAUUAUAAAGCCAACAGCAUUAUGUGAACAGAGCUGUCGUUUGCCAGGAUUGACAAAUUGUGGAUUAAAAAAACAGUCUAUAACUGUUCUCUUACAAUGUGUGUGAUCAGGGUCUGUGUACGUAAUGCAGAGGACAAAUCAUGUAUAUUUGAAUGCCCAGCUUUGCUGCCAAACCUGAAAUACUCAUACCAGUGCAACACACACUACCAUAUCAUUACCAUGUUAGUGUUACUGCAGUGAAGAGCACUGUCCACCACCCAGAUAUUACUUAAUCAGUAGUCCUGUGUGGAUGUUUUUCCACAUGUUAUCCAGACAUUACAUUCAAAUUAAUGGCAUUUCAUUUAGCCCUCUCUAGUUAGCCUGUAGGGUGCAAUCGCUUUGCUGCAUGCAUUCAGGAUAGUGGAUUUAUUACAAUACAACAGUCCUCAAACCCAUUAUGAAAGUUAUACUAAUAAAAUACAUUGUACAAAGAUUGCAUGUUAGCUGAAACAAACAUGUAACUUUUAUUUACUAUGCAAAAAUAUUGCACAAAAUCAACGCGUUCUUGGAUGUAACAAUAAUCACAAUCUCAUUAUACACAAACCCAAGAAGCCAUUGAGGCCCUCUUCAUACUAGAGAAACAUGCUUGACAGAUUUCAUGUGGGUGUUGAAGAAAUGAAUGUAUUUUACUUUUUGUGAAGGAAUGUGUUGUUGGGGGUUGGAAUAAAUCCCAUAUUGGUUUUCUUAUGUAAUGUGUCAGGUGGGGCUUUCAUUUUUUAAGUAUUAUUUAUUAUUGAUUAUUUAUAAUUGAUUAAUCAUUAUUCUUUAGAGUGUGGUGGGAAAACAAGAAGAUCACCUUUGUCACAGAAUGUAUACAAAUGUUCAAUCAAAAUCAAUAAACAAAUGUUUUUUUUAAUUUCAA